GAGUCACUGGAACCACCGCCGGUGCAUCACAGCAGAACAACGCCUGCGCUGCGGCCAAUCAGAGGCUCCGCUGGGUUGUGACGUACAGUGGAAAUGUCCGCAGCGUCGUGGAGGGGUGGGAGGGUAAAAACCUAAAACCGGCCCCUCCGUCAGGAAACCCGGAUCACGUUCACAGACCUGAAACACGGAACAACCUGCCGCAUCACAUCUCAUCAUGCUCUCCAUGUCCGAGUUUGCCUCCAGUGACAGCUAUGAGCAGUGCCGGGCCACAGCGGACUGGCUGCUGUCCAACACUCAGGUCCGACCCACUGUGGGAAUCGUGUGCGGUUCAGGAAUGGGAGGACUCGCCCAGAUGCUCAAGGAGCCGCAGGUCUUCAAAUACAGUGACAUUCCCAACUUCCCUCGGAGCACAGUGCACGGUCAUGCUGGCCGGCUGGUGUUUGGAACACUAAAAGGGAAGCCCUGUGUUUGCAUGCAGGGCAGGUUCCACCUGUAUGAAGGCUACCCCAUCCAGAAGAUCACGCUGCCCAUGCGUGUCUUCAAGCUGAUGGGUGUGGAGACGAUGAUCCUGACCAACGCAGCCGGAGGCCUCAACCAGGACUACAAAGUCGGGGACGUCAUGAUCAUCAAGGACCACAUCAACAUGCCGGGAUUUGCUGGAGUCAAUCCGCUGUCUGGACCCAACGAUGACAGGUUUGGCGUCCGCUUUCCCUGCAUGUCUGACGCCUACGACCGCAAGCUCCGGCAGCUGGCACAUGACGUGGCAUCAGAGCUGGGCUUCAGCGACUUCCUGCAGGAGGGAGUUUACUGCGUGCUCGGAGGUCCCUCCUUCGAAACCAUCGCAGAGUGUCGCAUGCUGCAUCGACUGGGCGCUGACGCUGUCGGCAUGAGUACGGUUCACGAGGUGAUCGUCGCCCGCCACGCCGGGAUGCGCUGCUUCGCCAUGUCUCUGAUCUCCAACCAGGCAGUGAUGGACUACGACAGCGAGGAGAAGGCCAACCACGAGGAAGUCCUGGAGACGGGCCGGCAGAGGGCCGAGCAGCUGGAGAAGCUGGUGUCCACCAUGGUGGCUCGCCUGGAGCACAACAACAACAACUCCUUCUGAAGACGCUGGCGAUCCUUUCUGCUGUAGCUGGUCCUGGGUCAGCUGGUCAGGAUUUUUAACAUGCUUGGUAGAACGCUAAAAAAAAAAGGUGUAGAGUCUUCAGGCUGGAAUUCAUGCUUGAUGAACUAGUUUCUUAACAAAAUGUUUUUUUUAAAAGUUCCUCCAGACUGUUACUUUAAGUCCUUCGCUUCUGGAGUUUGGUCCACUUUUGUACACAUUCCUCAAUCAGCUACGUUUACAUUUUUUUUGAGCUGUACAGAUAAGUUGUGUCUUUUUAAAGCAGCACUGUACUGUGUCCGACUGACUUGUGUUUCAGUGAAACAGCAUCUUAUUGUAAAGUUAAAUUAUCAUAUUUAUUGUUUCAGAAGUCUCACAUUCCCUCGAUUUACAUUAACGACCAGCAUCAUUUACAGUUUAACCAAACAGGACCAACUCACUGCUCACUCCGUCAUGAAAUAAGGUGGAAAUAAUUUGUUUGUAAUGUCGAAGAAUUUUAAAAUAUUCUAAAAAUAUUUAUACUAAAUUUAUUUAAAUAGUGUUUUUAUUUGUAUUUUUUAUAAUGUAUUUAGUGUUUGAUGGAUAAUGUUAAAGAAAGGGACGAUGUCCUGCAUGGGAUUGUGACCAAAUGUGUAAAUAUGACAUGUCUCAUCACUGUGUUAACCAACGGAUGUCUGUGAGCGUCUGUGCUUCUAGAGGUACUAAAAACUCUACAAACCGUAGAUCGACUUUUACAAUAAACAGCUCGAAUUGAAAACAAA